AUGAAAUAUCACGUUUUCUUUGUGUUUACUGCAUUUCUGGUGCUGUCAGAGGUAUGUUUGUACUAUAUUUUUUUAUUUUGGGAAUUAGUUUGGAAUUCUGAAAAAAAAACAAUUUUUUCGCACGGUGCAAGGCAAAUUUUAAGGCAAAAAUUGGAGUGCACAGUGCAAAGCGAAUUUUAGCCUAAAAAUUGGACUGCACAGUGCAAUGCGAAUUUCAGUGAAAAAAUUGGACUGCACUGUGCAAAGUCGAUUUUAGUGGGAAAAUUGGACUGCACGGUGCAACGCGAAUUUUUGGCUUAAAAAUUCGACUGCACUGUGCGGCUGGAUUUUUAGGGCAAAAAUUGGAGUGCACUGUGCGGCGUGAUUUUUCUGUGUGAAGAUUGGACCUCACGGUGCAUAGAUGAUUUUGAGUGGAAAAAUUGGACUGCACAGUGCACGGCGAUUUUUAGUGCAAAACUGGGACUGCACCGUGCAAUGCUAAAUUUAGGGCAAAAAGGAGAUUUCACGGUGUAAAGCGAUUUUUAGGGCAAAAAUUGGAUUGCACUGUGCAGAGUGAUUUUCAGGGGAAAAAAUCGACUGCACAGUGCAACGCCAUUUUUAGUGAAAAAAAUUCGACUGCACGGUGCAACGCGAAUUUUAGGGCAAACGUUCAACUGCACUGUGCGACUGGAUUUUUAGGGCAAAAAUUGGAGCGCACUGUGCAAAGCGAUUUUUAGGUGAAAAAAUGGACUGCACUGUGCGGUCAAAAAAAAUUUUCAAAAUGAUAUUUUUUUGAAAAAAAUUAUGUGCAAAAACAAUUCCCAUCGCUUAAAACUCCAAUAAAAUUCUGAUUUAUCAAUUUUGAAGCUCAAAAAUUCAAAAAAAUCAAAAAAAAAUCUCAUCAAAUCUCAAGUGUAAUAUAAAUUUCAGGCGGAUCGAGUUCCUUCCGCCGAUGAUAUUGAAGACCUGAACGACCCAGUUUUGAGAGAUGUUUUUGGGUCAUCCAAAAACAUCCGGCCUCAGCAAAUCCAGCCAAAUCCUCAAUAUCCACAAGUGGCGCAACAACGGCUGCCGAUUCCUCAGCGAAGGGUGGCGCAGCCACAGCCGCAGACCACGGAAUACCAACCAAACAGGCUCGUUCCGCAAGAACGUAAGAGGAUUUUCUUUGCUUACUUUAUUUUUACCCCAUUUUUUAUUUUCAGCCUAUCCCGGUCAAUACCAGCAGCCGCCUCCUCAUUUGUCAUCAUCGUACUCGAAUGCCCAGCCAUACUAUGCGCAGGGCUCGUCCAGCCCGUUCACUCAACUGGCCGUGACGGGAGCUCAGGGCUUUCUCACUGGAGCGCAAGCUGUGGGCCAGGCAUUUGGCUUUGGCCCAUCGUAUACCGCCUACAAUACUGGCUAUGAAGUGCCGAAUAGUGGCGGAUUCUUUGGAUAA